AUGAACUUAUUGACAAAAGGUAAAAUAUUCGGAGAACAUCACAUUACUCCGGAUCAAAUCGUCAAUGUUAUUUGUGCUGAAAUACCCGAUCCCAUACGUGAUCCUCAGCUUCACGAAAUCGUUAAAUGUAAUAUGAUUCAUGGACCCUGUGGCUGUUUUAAUCGAAAUUCACCAUGUAUGAAAGAUAACGCGUGCAGUAAACAUUACUCAAGAAUUUCAUUAAGGAAACUCAAACUGGUGAUGACGGUUAUCGGAAGUACAAGAGACGUUCAACCGAUUGGACGAUAUAUAAGUUCAUCAGAAGCCGUGUGGCGAAUCCUUGAAUUUCCAAUUCACGAGCGUUUCCCUACCGUUGUUCAACUUGCUGUCCAUUUAGAAAAUGGACAAAGGGUUUACUUUAAUGAACAAAACCCACAUGACAGAGUGAAUAGUCCUCCUACAACUACCCUUCUCUCAUUUUUUGAUUUGUGUAAAGUGGAUGACUUUGCAAAAAAUUUGCUUUACCCAGAAGUACCUGCAUAUUACGUUUCGGACAAAAAAAAAUUCCAAAGAAGGAAGAGAGGAGUAAACGUUGUUGGCUGGCCAGAUAUUAAAAGAGAGCACGCUCUGGGUAGAGUUUAUACGGUUCAUCCGAAUAAUACAGAAUGUUAUCAAAUUCGUAUGCUUCUCCGUGAAAUCCGGGGCCCGAUUUCGUUUGAAGCGUUGAAAACUGUAAAUGGUCAAGUACAUCCCACUUUUAAAUCCAUGUGUAAGGCUCUAGGGUUACUUGAAGAUGAUGAACAUUUGUACGCAGCACUAGAAGAGGCAGCACUUUGCCAAUCUCAGCAAGCAUAUGAUACGGGAUCUAUUAACGAUUAUAUUAGUGUUCUGCCAAAACGACAGGAUUCUGUGGAUGCAGAACACUUAGCGGACGUAGUGUUGAACAAAUGCUUAUCGCCAAGCAACUCUGAACAAUUUGAUAAUAGAGAGUAUCUCAAGGAAACAAGUUAUGACUUAGUAGCCUUAGAAGACGUCGUAAGAAACAAUGAAGAAUCUCUGAAUGACGAACAAAAGUUUGCUUACAAUCAAAUUAUUACAAGUGUUAAUAAUAAUGAGGGUCGAAUAUACUUUUUAGAUGCUCCAGGUGGAACUGGAAAAACUUUCUUAAUCAAUUUGAUUUUAGCGAAAGUUAGAAGUACUCGCGACAUUGCUUUAACUGUAGUAUCUUUUGGAAUCGCAGCUACACUGCUCGAGGGUGGUCGAACGGCCCAUGCUACCUUCAAAUUACCACUUAAUCUAACAACUUUGGUCACUCCCUUUUGUAAUAUAUCAAAACAAAGUAAUUUUGCGGAAGUUUUAAAAGAUACAAAAUUAAUAGUGUGGGACGAAAUUACAAUGGCGCAUAAGGGUGGUGUUGAGGCUUUAAAUAGAUCUUUAAAGGAUAUAAGGAGAAAUAAAAGGUUAAUGGGUAGUGUAACGGUUUUACUGGCUGAAGACUUUAGGCAGACUCUACCAGUAGUGCCAAAAGGGACCAGAACUAAUGAAGUCGAGUCAUGUCUUAAAAGAUCUACUUUAUGGCCUAAGAUUAAUGUACUCAAACUGUCAAAAAAUAUGAGGGUACACUUGGGAGAGGAAAAGUUUGCUGGUGGAUUUGCAGAUCUUUUACUUGAAAUUGGAAAUGGUGAUUAUCCAUCGUUUGAUGAAAUGAUAACUAUCCCAGAAAAUUUGUGCACAGUUGUAACUACGGUUCAGGAUUUAAUACCAAAAAUGUAUCCAGAUAUUGCUCAUAUUCAUGAUAAGCCUAUGGAAUGGUUGUGUGGACGUGCUAUACUCACUCCAAAAAAUGACCAAGCGGCGGCUAUCAAUGAUACACUGCUGAUGUCUUUUGAAAGGGAAGAAAAAGUAUAUACUUCGAUAGAUACGGCGGUCAACAUGGACGAUGCAACUAAUUAUCCGGUUGAAUUUUUAAUUCAUUAA